AUGUCGGACCAGGAUACUACGCUUGACAGAUCUUCAGUCGUACCGCAAGUAACCAUGCAGGAAACGGACAACCAAGCUGCGGGUAGCGACAACGAAGCUGCAGGUAGUGGGUUGGGCCAAGCAGACUCACCCCUUACCAACGCAAAUUCGCCACGACAGCCACAGGAGGUUGUCAAGGAGUACCUGUUCGAGAGGUGCGAAGAGUUCCGCAGACUUCAUGCACUACAACUGAAGGGAUGGGAGAACAAGCACUUCCGGGAGCAGCGAAGAAAGUCCGACGAGGUCGACGCCAAAGAUGAGCUCGGCUACUUCCAGAAGAUGCUGAGAAUCGGCGAGGAGUUGCACGAGGCUACCGGCGCCUUCACUAUUGCCCCUUUGUCGGGUACCUGGUCCGUACCGCGUAUUCUGGACUUAUGCAUGGCAACCGGCGGUUUCCUCCAGACAGCCCUGUCGAAGAACCUGGGGGACAGAGCCGUGGCAUUCACCCUGCCAUCAUCUCAAGGUGGACACAGCGUUUUCCUCCGAGACGAGCGCAAAUCCAUCCCCAGUGCGUCUAUCAACUUGCCAGAUAUCUCCAAUGUGUCGAUCAAAUUCGCGGAUAUCACCAUGUUCGCCGCCGAUAUGGGCGUGUCCGACUUGGAGAUCCCGGUCGACCGCGAGUCGAGAAAAUGGCCCGCCUUCGCCGCGAGCCGCAUGCCAGUCUGCAAACCGGCCCAUUCGACCUUGUCAUGUGCGACGGUCUGGAUCAUUACACGCACGAGCGUCCAGGGUAUGACCAGGAGCCAAGAAGUCGGAUCGUGGAAUAACGUGCAGCUGCUAUACUUGCUCUCAUCCUUUGCAACCGUGCGCGUGUACAAGCCAACAACGGCUCAUACGUUCCGCGGGUCUUUCUAUCUUGUCGCCAGUAAUGUCAGGAGCGAUUCGGCGGAGGCGCGCCGGGCGGUCGCGAUGUGGAAGGAGGUGUGGCGCGUUGCUAUGGGUGGGUUCAGGACCGAGGAGGAGGACCAAGAAGCACAUCCAAUAGGAGAACACGAUGUUGAACAGGUGCUCAAGGAUUUUGGGGAGGAGUUGGUGGAACUGGGCAAGCCGGUCUGGGAGGUGCAGGCUACGGCCCUGGCCAAAGCACCGUUCAUGGAGAAUUCGCGACCUGUCGUGGGUGGUGCAGCGACAGAUGGUCAGUGA